CACUCCUAUGAUAAUAAUGCGAUCUGUUUGACCACAGGAUUGCUUCUUCUUUCUAUGCUGCGAGCAGUUCUAUGGCUGUAGGAAGGAAUAACACAGUUGUGACAAAAUUCAUCCUUCUGGGAUUUUCAGAUCAUCCUCAAAUGAAGAUUCUCCUUUUUGCGUUUUUUCUGGGGAUCUACCUCCUGACUCUAGCUUGGAACCUGAGCCUGAUCAUCCUUAUCAGGAUGGACUGUCACCUGCACACACCCAUGUAUUUCUUUCUCAGUAAUCUUUCCUUCUUGGACAUCUGCUAUGCCUCCUCCACCACCCCCAAGAUGCUUUCUGACAUCAUCACAGAGCAGAAGGUGAUUUCCUUUACUGGGUGUGCCACACAGUACUUUGUGUUCUGUGGAAUGGGGUUGACUGAGUGCCUCCUCUUGGCGGCCAUGGCCUAUGACCGAUAUGCUGCCAUCUGCAACCCAUUGUUAUAUGCAACCCUGAUGUCCCAGGCACUUUGUUUAAAGAUGGUGGCAGGUGCCUAUGCAGGGGGGUUCCUUAGUUCUUUGAUUGAAACAUUCUCCAUCUAUCAGCAUGACUUUUGUGGGCCCAACAUAAUCAAUCACUUCUUUUGUGACCUGCCACCCAUCUUGGCUUUAUCAUGCUCUGAUACCUCCAGCAGCCAGGUGGUAACCUUUCUUGUGGGUGUUGCUGUCGGAGUGGUGUCUGUCCUGGUAAUCCUUAUCUCUUAUGGUUACAUUGUUGCUGCUGUUCUGAAGAUCAGGUCAGCUCCAGGAAGGAACAAGGCCUUUAACACCUGUGCCACUCAUCUGACAGCUGUGACCCUCUUCUAUGGUUCUGGCCUCUUCAUGUACAUGAGACCUAGUUCCAGCUACUCCCUAAACCGGGACAAAGUAGUGUCUAUAUUCUAUGCUGUGUUGAUCCCCAUGGUAAAUCCCAUCAUCUACAGUUUUAGGAAUAAGGAGAUUAAAAAUUCCCUGUGGAAAGUGAUGCGAAAGGACACAGGCUUUCUUGUGGGCAUUCCUUUGAGUUGA